GGGAGGUCGUUUAUUUAUAAGGCAUAUUCCGCUUGCUCCUUAGACUGGACUGGGCCAGGGAGGUGCCAGGGCUCAGGAACGACAGGACGCCCACAAUCCGGAACGUAAACCAUGAAGCUCAGUGAAACGGACCCUGCGGAACAUAGAGAAAGUGAGCUGGAGAGAAAGAAAGCGGAAGCCCUUGGUAACUACAAAGAUUCUCAGCCUGCUCGUGGCUCCUCAUGUCCUCUCUCUAAAGUCAGAUUCAGGAACGAAAGCCCGAGUGAUCACUGUGCUGGAUCCCUAGGCAAGAACAAAUUGCCACAUUUCCUGUGUGAGCACCCGCCCCCCGACCUGUGGAGUGUGCCUCUCUUCCACGGAGAUGUCCCGGUAGAGUCCAGGGUCCCUGCCUGCCCAUCCAGGCAUCAGGGAAACUGGAGCAUGGAGUUCAAGGACCUGAGCCCUGCUCUCCUGACAUCUGACACCAGCUGCCCUGGGCCUUCCGGAUCAGGAAGGGAGCAGCCUGACUGCCACCGCCCCAGGGGGAGCCAAGGCCUGCCGGGUGGGAGGAAAAGGAAGGACUGGUCCUGCUCCCUCCUGGCAGCCUCGCUCGUGGGCGCCUUUGGCUCCUCCUUCCUGUACGGGUACAACUUGUCUGUGGUGAACGCCCCCACCCGGUACAUCAAGGCCUUUUACAAUGAAUCGUGGCAAAGAAGGCAUGGACAUCCGAUAGAUCCAGAUACUCUGACCCUGCUCUGGUCUGUGACUGUGUCAAUAUUCGCCAUCGGUGGACUGGUGGGGACAUUAAUGGUGAAGAUGAUUGGAAAGAUUCUUGGGAGGAAGCACACACUGCUGGUCAACAAUGGCUUUGCGAUCUCUGCAGCAUUGCUGAUGGCCUGCUCCCUCCAGGCAGGCGCCUUUGAGAUGCUCAUCGUGGGGCGCUUCAUCAUGGGCGUGGACGGAGGCAUCGCUCUCAGCGUGCUGCCCAUGUACCUCAACGAGAUCUCUCCCAAGGAGAUCCGUGGCUCCCUGGGGCAGGUGACUGCCAUCUUCAUCUGCGUGGGUGUGUUCACGGGGCAGCUGCUGGGCCUGCCUGAGCUGCUGGGAAAGGAAAGCACCUGGCCGUACCUGUUUGGGGUGAUCGUGGUCCCCGCCUUUGUCCAGCUGGUGAGCCUGCCCUUUCUCCCUGAGAGCCCACACUACCUGCUCUUUGAAAAGCACAAUGAGGCAGAAGCCAUGAAAGCGUUUCAGAAGUUCCUGGGCAAAGCAGACGUCUCCCGAGUGAUGGAGGAGAUCCUCUCUGAGAACCGCGUACAGAGGAACAUCCGCCUGGUGCCCGUCCUGGAGCUGCUGAGGGCUCCCUUCGUCCGCUGCCAGGUCAUCACCGUGAUUGUCAUCAUGGCCUGCUACCAGCUCUGCGGCCUCAAUGCGAUUUGGUUCUACACCAACAGCAUCUUUGGAAAGGCCGGGAUUGCUCCGGGAAGCGUCCCCUACAUCACUCUGAGCACGGGCGGCGUGGAGACCCUGGCUGCCAUCUUCUCAGGUCUGGUCAUUGAGCGCCUGGGACGGAGACCUCUCCUCAUUGGUGGCUUCGUGCUGAUGACCAUCUUCUUUGGGAUCCUCACCAUCACCCUGACCCUGCAGGACCGCGCCCCCUGGGUCCCCUACCUCAGCAUCGUGUGCGUCCUGGCCGUCAUCGCCUCCUUCUGCAGCGGCCCAGAGGCGACAGAUCUUCAGAGACCCUCAAAGGACGAUCGCUCCCACCCACUCGCCGCUGUGUGAGGCUGGAAGUCGAGAGAACUCACCCAGCCACGUCACAUCCAGGAGAGGCAUGGGUUUGGGGCCGCUCAGGGCUCCACCUUGACUGUCUGUGGGACCCUUGGAAAGCGACGUGGCUCCUCCAGCCUCCACCUCGAGGGCUCUUAUGGGACAGGGACUUUUGAGCAAUGUGUGCUGCAACUGGCACACAGAGGGUGCUGGGCGAGUCUGUGCUUCCUUCCUGCCUCCCUGCCUGUGUUGAGGUACCCUGGCACGUGUUCUGCAGCCGCACGAAUUGCAAAGUCAGAGUUUUAGUGAGGAGUGAUCAAUAGCCUGAUUAAAAUUAGCUUUUUAUAAGCUCACUGAAAUAGUGAGCUCAUGGGAUCUUAGUGCCACUGGGUGACUUUCUGAAGAAAAUCCACAGCAGGCGGUCUCCACCUACACUUGACAUAGGUCAGCUUCCCUGGCCCCCAGCCCUAGCUGCCAGGUGCACCCUCAUUUUAGUUGUCCCCUGGAGCCACAGUCCCCACUGAAAACCACUGUCACCACCUUGCAUUUUGUAGCAAGCACAUCCUGGGUGUCACCAACUUGACUCUGCUUCCCUCUGGCCGUGUGAUUGGUGACAAGGUGGUCUCGGCGAGCAGGCAGAUGGGUGGCCUGGACCGCAGGGGUGGCCCCAGCACUGGCACUCAGUGCGGAAGAGGCAGAGAGCCUUUCUCCUGGCCUCGAGCCAAGGCCCUCCUAAGGCACUGGGUCUGAGACCCCAGAAGGAUCAGGAGACCCUCCCCGUUGCUGCCUUUGCCACGUAACCCAUCUGCAAAGCCCCUUUGCCACGUGGCCUGGGCUUAGGACGCAGACCUCUAUCACAUCCUUUUGCUCCAAGGGGCUAAGGAAAAAGAAAAUGGCACUAUGUCGUGGUAUCCCCACUAUGGCCAACUUGGGGUCGUACAGCAGUUGUGGGCUUUGUCCACCUCCAGCCCUGGGCUUGAGGGCCUGGACCCCACUUACCAGCUGUGUGACCUUGGGCAAGUGAGCUGGGCUUUCCGAGCCAGGUCCCCACAUGUAAUAGGCGGGAGAGACACAGCUUCCAAGGAUGACUUUUAAAGAAAUCGCUGCAAAAUGGCUAAUCAAGUACCACCUUGGGAAAAGCACCCCAGAGCCAGCAACUGCUACAGGGGCCUCCCUAGGCUGCGGGAGGACAAGGCUGUGCUGGUGG